GAAUUAAUAUCACUGUUUGGAAUGACGUCUUCCCGUCCUCUGCAUUUCCGCAACACGAUCAUUGUUACAUCUCGAGGCCAUGGAGAUUGGUACCACCUAUAUGUCAAAAAUUCUCUCUAAUCUUCUCAACGAAUGACUGUGCUGUCUUUCUAGCGAUUGUUGUUUGUACUGCUCGAUACAGUCUGGCAUGCAGAAAACCAUUCUACAAGUCUCACGGCCAGCCAGCGCUGCGCUGAGGCUACAGACACAAUGUAUUACCAUCAUUCCCUCACGAAGAUUUCUUAAGCCCCGGCGGCCAUCAUUCUCAACUACUGCUACGCAUCGACAGGAACGACCACCGCCCUCUGCCCAACAUGACAAACCUCCUUCACGAAGCGAGGCUCCGCCCAAAUCCCCUCCUAUGGAAAACAUCCUCGCCGAGACAAGACCAGAAGAUAAUUCCCUCCUCGCACCCGUCCAUGUGCCCGAAGAUCCAAGUUCCGUCCUGAAGUCAGACCAUCCCGCCUCCACUAUCCUCGCCCAGUCAGGUUUGCUUGUACAAAGACAACUCGAGAUGAUGAAUGUAUUCAUUGGCUUCGAACAGGCGAACCGAUACGUGAUCCUCGAUCCGCAUGGAAACCACGUCGGGUACAUGGCAGAACAAGACGGAGGUCUGGCACAGGGUAUGACAAGGCAGUUGGCGCGGACGCACCGAGCGUUUACAACGCACGUCUUCGACAAGCAUUCAACGGAGGUUUUGAGGUUUCAUCGCCCGUUCUCAUACAUCAACACCACGAUACGGGUGUACAAUCCGGUGGCCCCAAGGCUCAAUGGUCCAAAACCCACAUCUACCUCCGAUGUACCAGCGGAAGCAGACCCUCUAGCAGGCCUGCAGCAGGUCUCACAACUCCCCCUUGAUGCUAUGCCCGUCAUCGGCGAAGCCCAGUCAGAAUGGGCCGCCAUGGCACGCAAGUAUCACUUGUUUCUCUCGCACGACCUGAAUAUCGAUGGCUCACCAUCGGGACAAGCAUCUGUAUCAUCGGAGGGCGGCUCUUCCAUCUAUAAGUUCGCGUCAGUCAACGAACCCGCUCUGUCAUGGGACUUCUCCCUGCGCGACCAGAACAACCAAUUGAUCGGCUCAGUCAAUCGAAAAUGGGGUGGUUUCGGCCGAGAAUUUCUCACAGACAUGGGAAGUUACGCAUUACGCAUGGACGCCGCAGGUCGAGAGCCCGAAACGAAGCAGGUCGAUGAGACGACCCAGACGACCCCGACAGAACCCAUUCUGGCCAGCAAACCAACAGCCACGGAAAACAUACCAGGCAUGACGCUGGACCAGAGAGCAGUGAUGCUCGCAACCGCUGUCACCAUCGAUUACGACUACUUCUCCCAGCACAGCAGUCACUUCGGCGUAAUGCCUAUACCGCUCUGGAUGGGCGGCGCAGGUGGUGAAGCAGCCGGCGGCGUUGCAGCAGGUGAGGCCGCAGGAGCUGCUGGUGGAGUCGCAGCAGGCGAAGCCGCUGGAGCCACUGGCGGGGCUGUAGUCGGCGGAGCAGGCCGAGCAGCUGGUGCUGCGCAAGGAUUAGGUGCCGGCGAAGGUGCCAUCGCCGGUGCAGGCACAAUGGCAGGAUACGAAGCCAUGCAGCGAGCUUCGGGCAGAAGUUCGCCGCAAGAACAACAAUCAGACACCACCACCGCUCAACAGGACCAAGCCUUCAAUAGCCCAACGGCUUAUGACUCUCAGUCACCGCAGAAUCCUGACCAGCCUUUUGACGCUCAAUCUCCGCAAAGCGGAUGGCCCGAGCAGGGCGGCCAGGGUGAAGACGUCUGGGGCAAAGAAGGCUCCGAUCCCUGGAGCGAUGCGGGCCAACAGACUCCGUCGGGCGGUGAUGAAGGCGGCGGUGGAGGACUAUUCUCCUCAUUCUGGGAUUCGUUUUUUGGCGGAGACUGAAUCGUCUACAUCAGCCUUUUCCAUUCAAUAGUGGCACUGUCUGCCCGUUGUAGCUGCUCGGCUUCAGAUGGAUACCCACGAAUUGUUCGACGUUAUCUGAACGAAGCCCGCCACGCAUAACGCUAUAAUGUUUGCCAUUGACGUGAAGGAGGUCAUCGACGUUAUUAUUAUAAUUCUACCCAUUUACCGCAAAGGCGCCGACUGCAUUGAACGCGCUCCAAUG